AUGAGUGAGGGGCAGCCAGUGGGUCAAGGGUCAGCUGCAGCUGUUUUUCAGGAGAAGCCAGAUAUUCCACCAAGCCAAGCACAGGCAGCUAUCCUUGCCAAACCUAUGCUGGAUUAUUCCUACAUCCAGUCAAUACUGCAAAUGAUCAGAAAUAUGCCAUUUUUUCUACUUGUUGUUACCUAUGGAAUUAACACAGGUUCCUAUUAUGCAGUUUCAACGCUCCUGAACAAGAUGGUGCUGACACAUUACCCAGGUGAAGAAUUGAAUGCUGGGAGGAUUGGGCUCACUAUUGUGGUUGCUGGAAUGGUUGGUUCCAUUAUCUGCGGAAUCUGGUUGGACAAAACCCGAACAUACAAACAAACAACAUCAGUGGUUUACUUCCUGGCCUUCGCAGGGAUGGUGACUUUCACAUUCACACUUAACUUGGGUCACCUGUGGGUUGUCUUUCUGACUGCUGGAAUGCUGGGGUUCUUUAUGACAGGCUACUUACCCCUUGGCUUUGAAUUUGGUGCAGAACUUACCUAUCCUGAGUCUGAGGGGACAUCUUCAGGCCUGCUUAAUGAAUCUGCGCAGGUUUUCGGAAUUACUUUUACCAUUGCACAGGGUAAACUGAUUGAUCACUUUGGGACUGUGGCAGGGAACAUUUUCAUCUCUGUGUUUCUCUUCAUUGGAACUGUGAUAACUGCUACAAUUAAAUCAGACCUCAAGAGACAGAAGGCAAACAUGCAUGCAUCACCAGACAUGAACGUAGGAGCAAAUCACCUUCUCGAUUAUGGAUCAACAGCUGCCACAAUUUCUUCAUUCAUCUUGCCUCGUCGGUUGUUGUCAUCAGAGCCAUUUGCCAGGAAAGCUGAGGAGGGAGUCUGCAGUUCCAUAAUCUUAAACGAGGCAGCACUAUGAAGAAAAUUCCAGUGAACUAUCUAUAUUUGCGGAUACAACCAUGGACACAUAGCCAGCACCAUGAGCCCCACUGAUGAGGAGGACAGGGACUGUUUUAUACCUGCAGAUUUUCUUUGAAACUGAUUUUGACAAAGCCUAGUAUUUUGAAUAUGUAUCAUGAUCACUUCGUCUGCAUUAGCUAAACCCUUAUGCUGCGGGGAAGCAUUUCCAUAAUAAGACUCCAUGCUGCUCUUUUCCAAAUCGUGGCCAUUAAUAAAAUCUCUCGUCUUCUGAGGGACAUGUACUGGCACACACACAGCAGGGCUGCUAUUCUUAGACCAUGCCGUCAGAGCCUCACUCACAUGGUUUUGGAAGGGUUCCUUCACAGCUAUCACUGCUCAGCACGGCACUGAAAGAUUUACAGUACUUUGUAUUAAAGCAUAAAUAGCACCUCCAGGCACCUGGGAAAAAGACAAUAUUCUGCCUCACAUUUUGGCAAAACUCCGCAGAAGUAAUAACUGAUGUUUGCUGCUACCUCCAUUUAGAGCCUGGAUAUACAGCUUGUGCCUGUAGUCAGUGUGUGCUGCAGCUGGUGCUUGUAAUUCAGGCCCAUGUACAGUUUGUGGCUGUAGUUCAGGCCUGUAUAUGGUUCAUGCCUGUAGUUUGGGCCUGUAUACAGUUUGUGCCUAAAGCUUGGGCUUAUGUAUGGUUCGUGCCUGUAGUUCGGGCCUGUGUACAGUUCGUGCCUGUAGCUUGGGCCUGUGUAUGGUUCGUGCCUGUAGUUUGGGCCUGUGUACAGUUCAUGCCUGAAGCUUGAAUCUGUGUACAGUUCAUGCCUGUAAUUUAGGUCUGUGUCAUGUUCAGGCCUGCGUAUGGCUUGUGCCUACAGGCUGCAUGUACAGCUGGUGCCUGGAGUCCACAUCUGGGUGUACAGUAUAGAGAGGCAAAUCUGUAAGCUGCUUUUGGCAUUGCAAUAUGGAGUAAACCCAAUUAUCAUGUAACUUCUUCAAUGUACUUUUGAAAUAAAUAUAAAGCCUGCUGAAAAGGUCUCAACAAAAAUGUGUUAAGUAAGGACUGGUUGACUGUGUGUGCUGCACCAUCCUGUCAUUCUCUGAAGCCAGCACAACAAGAACACUAAGAUGAUUUAGUUUCCUGAUGCUCCCAUGUUUUUGUGCUUCCGGACAAGUACUUCUGCUUUAGUGAAUGAACCAUCACUAUUUGUCAGCUGUGUCAUUCGGAAAGUCCCCUGGGAAUUGUGAUUACUGUUUGAUACAGCUCUGCAAUGAUGCAUCAUGUACCCCAUUACUGCUCUUUAGUCAGAGCUGAGGGUGCUGGACAACUCUUGCAGGUUCUGUACUGGUUUGACUUGCCUGUAUUCUAAUUUGCAGUAAGAAAACUGAGAUUUUAUUCAGCAACAUUUGGAAAAUAGCAGCACAAUUUUCAAGAUCAGUUGAUGGUAUUUCAAAUUGAAAAAUGAGAUAAGGUUAAGAAUUAUAAAUAAAAUCUUCGUUGUAAUGGC